AGCCGGCUCGCACAGUUUUUUUAGCACAUCUCAUUUGAACUUAUUUUUAUUUCAUAUGUAAACAAACUAACUAGCAAAUAUGCCCAAACUAACGUUCAUUGGAUUGUGCUUCUGCUUUUGUCUGGCGCAAAAGGUGGUUUCCGGAGAUGAUCUUUAUCAUGAAGUGGGAGGUGAGCUCGUGUUGACGCCGGACAAGUCCACAGUACCUGACCCCAUCACAAGCGUCCUAUGGAAGCAUGGGAAGAACAAGGUGGCAGAGUGGGACAAGGAUUUUGGUGGUCUGGACAUCUAUGGUGCCUUCAAAGAGCGUACAACCCUGGACCAGACUACUGGAGAGCUGAGAAUCAGUGGAUUGAAGAAAACAGACAGUGGAGUUUAUUCUGUGGAGUUCAACAGCAAACUGCUUGACCAGACAUAUACAUUAUCUGUUUUCAAGGCAGUCCCCAAACCCACCAUCACUUCUUCCUGUAACCCAGACAAAAUCUCCUGCAAUCUGACCUGUGAGGGCGACACCACUGAUGCUGAACCAGUCACCUACAGCUGGAAAGUGGGAGAGGGGGCAUGGCAGGACUUAGACAAACAGAUUAAUGUCAAUAAGAGCGACACUGGCAAAUCAACCAACAGUUACAAGUACAUCUGUAAGAUGAAGAACUCUGUUAGUGGGGAAGUUAGUGAGGUGUUUGGUCCAGAGGCAGUUCCCAAACCCACAAUCACUUAUACCUGCAACUCCAACAAAACCUCCUGCAUUCUAACCUGUGAAGGCGACACCACUGGUGCUGAACGAGUCACCUACAGCUGGAAAGUGGGGGAGGGGGCGUGGGAGGUCAUAGGAAAACAGCUGAUUGUCUCUAAGAGCGACACUGGCAAAUCAACCAACAGUUACAAGUACAUCUGCAAGCUGAAGAACUCUGCUGGAGAAGAGGAAGUCAGUGAUCCAGUUGAAGAGGUGUUUGGUCCAGAGCCUUCUGAAAUUGGUGGUGGGGUUGUUGUUGUCGUUGUCGUUACCAUUACCAUUGUAGCGCUUGUUGCCGUCAUAACAGUUUGGUUGCUGUGGAAGAAAAUUAAAGCAGCUGCAGCCAGCAGAUCCAACCAUCCUAAAUAUGAGUCAAAGCCUGAGGCUAAAGGCAGUGAAAGAGUCCAGACAGAACGAGAGAUUAUGGUUCCGCUGACGGUCAACCACAAAGCAGGGGAAGAGGACGCAGACAAGCCUGGAAAGGGGCAGGAGAAUGGAGGCGUGUAUGAAACUUAAGCGGAUAGUUUACCUGGCAGUUACAGUGAACUCCAACCAUAUUUGUCUUGAUGAUUUGAUUCCUGUAACUGACUCAUUCUUAAAUGCUUAAACGUCAAUGGUCACAGACCAUUGGCUGCAGCUCAGCGUUCAACACAAUAGUGCCCACAAAGCUUAUCACUAAGUUAAGGACGCUGGGACUAAACACCUCCCUCUGCAACUGGACUUCCUGAUGGGCCGCCCCCCCAGGUGGUAAGAGUAGGCAACAACACAUCUGCCACGCUGAUCCUCAACACUGGGGCCCCUCAGGGAUGCGUACUUAGUCCCCUCCUGUACUCCCUGUUCACCCAUGACUGCGUGGCCAUGCAUGACUCCAACACCAUCAUUAAGUUUGCUGACGACACAACAGUAGUAGGCCUGAUCACAGACAAUGAUGAGACAGCCUAUAGGGAGGAGGUCAGAGACCUGGCAGUGUGGUGCCAGGAUAACAACCUCUUCCUCAAUGAGAGCAAGACCGGUUGCAUCACCGCCUGGUAUGGUAACUGCUUGGCAUCCGAUCGUAAGGCGCUACAGAGGAUAGUGCGUACGGCCCAGUACAUCACUGAGACCAAGCUUUCUGCCAUCCAGGACCUAUAUACUCGGCCGUGACAGAGGAAGGCCCAAAAAAUUGUCAGACUCCAGUCGCCCAAGUCACAGACUGUUCCGUCUGUUACCACACGUCAAGCGGUAUCGGAGUGCCAAGUCUAGGACCAAAAGGCUCCCUAACAGCUUCUACCACCAAACCAUAAGACUGCUGAACAAUUAAUCAAAUGGCCACCCAGACUAUUUACAUUGCCCCCGCCUUUGUUUUUACACUGCUGCUACUCGCUGUUUAUUAUCCAUGCAUAGUCACUUUACAAAUGACCUUGAGGGGGCGGAGCUAGCAUGUUGGAGUGAACAGCUGUGCGUGAGAGGCUCC